GCCUGGGCAGCCCAACCCGACGGGCACCGAGCGGCGCGGUGCGGCGCGGCGAAUGAAUAAGGGGCUACGGAGCGGUCGCGGCGGCCCCCGGAGCAGAAGGGGCGCCGUUGGGCGCUGAGGAUUUCUUUGAAAUUGCCUCACUCUCGUAGAAAACUCAGCUGCAUGUAAUUGAACUGAAACUUUCUACCUCCUUCUGGCUCCAGCACUGUUCUAGUGUGUGUCCUUGUUGCAGCUCACAGACUAAACCAUGCCUGCUUUAUCAACAGGAUCUGGAGGUGACACAGGUUUGUAUGAGCUGCUGGCUUCAUUGCCAGCCCAGCUGCAGCCACAUGUGGACAGCCAGGAAGACCUGACCUUCCUCUGGGAUAUGUUUGGUGAAAAAAGCCUUCAUUCACUGGUAAAGAUCCAUGAAAAACUGCAUUACUAUGAAAAACAGAGCCCUGUGCCCAUGUUGCAUGGCGCAUCAGCCUUGGCAGAUGAUCUGGCUGAAGAGCUGCAGAGCAAACCACUGAACAGUGAGAUCAGAGAAUUGUUGAAACUACUGUCAAAACCCAAUCUCAAGGCUUUGCUUUCUGUGCAUGAUACUGUUGCCCAAAAGAACUACGACCCAGUGUUGCCUCCCAUGCCUGAUGAUAUUGAUGAUGAAGAAGACUCUGUGAAAAUAAUUAGGCUAGUGAAAAAUAGAGAACCGCUGGGAGCUACUAUUAAAAGGGAUGAACAGACUGGAGCUGUUGUUGUGGCUCGAAUAAUGCGUGGAGGUGCUGCAGAUAGAAGUGGUCUCAUUCAUGUUGGUGAUGAACUUAAGGAAGUUAACGGAAUUCCUGUAGAUGAUAAAAAACCAGAAGAAAUUAUACAAAUUCUGUCCCAGUCGCAAGGAGCCAUUACAUUUAAAAUUAUACCCAGUAUCAAAGAAGAAACUGCAUCUAAAGAAGGAAAGAUCUUCAUGAAAGCUCUGUUUGACUAUGAUCCCAGUGAGGAUAAAGCAAUUCCCUGUAAAGAAGCUGGACUUCCUUUCAGAAAAGGUGAUAUUCUUCAGAUCAUGAGCCAGGAUGAUGCAACUUGGUGGCAAGCCAAGCUUGAAGGUAAUGCCAAUCCCAGGGCAGGCUUAAUUCCUUCAAAGCAUUUCCAAGAAAGGAGGCUUGCACUAAGAAGAUCAGAUGUACAGGUUCAGCCCUUGAAAAUUUCCAAUAGAAAAUCAUCUUUUUCCUGGAUGGCUACAGAGUUUGCAGCUGGUUUUAGGAGGAGUUUUCGUCUCAGCAGAAAAGAUAGAAAAACAAACAAGACUAUGUACGAAUGCAAGAAGAGUGAUCAGUACGAUACAGCAGAUGUCCCAACUUAUGAAGAAGUAGCAAAGUAUAGACGACAGCCCAAUGAGAAAUACAGACUUGUUGUCUUGGUUGGGCCUGUGGGUGUAGGAUUGAAUGAACUUAAACGGAAAUUGUUAAUCAGUGAUACUCAGCAUUAUGGUGUAACCGUGCCACACACAACAAGACCAAGAAGAAGCCAAGAAAGUGAUGGCAUUGAGUACAUUUUUAUUUCCAAGCACCUGUUUGAGACAGAUGUACAGAACAACAAGUUUAUUGAAUAUGGGGAAUAUAAAAACAAUUACUAUGGAACGAGCAUAGAUUCAGUUAGAUCUGUUCUGGCUAAAAAUAAAGUUUGUUUGUUGGAUGUGCAACCUCAUACAGUAAAGCAUUUAAGGACAUUAGAAUUUAAACCAUUUGUCAUCUUUAUAAAACCUCCUUCAAUUGAGCGUUUGCGAGAAACGAGAAAAAAUGCCAAGAUAAUUUCAAGCAAGGAUGAAAAAGGUGCUGCCAAGCCUUUUCAAGAGGAAGACUUUCAAGAAAUGAUUAAAUCAGCACAAAUUAUGGAAAGCCAAUACAGCCACCUUUUUGACAAAGUUAUAGUAAAUGAUGAUCUUACUACAGCUUACAAUGAGUUGAAAACAACCUUUGACAGACUGGAGCGAGACACCUUUUGGGUUCCAGUCAGUUGGGUGCAUUCAUAACACUAAACAAAUAAAAUGUUUCAUAAUAUUUUAAUAAGGUACUUAGUUGGAUCUAAAUGGACAUUUUGUUGGUGGGAAGCUUUUCUAGCUUUGGCAAACUGGUGCAUUUACAAACGUGGUGCAGUGGAAUGUUGAUCUUAUUUUUCUGUGUGUAAACCUUCCUGUUUGGAAUAGGGGUUCGGAGGCAAAAUAUCACAGUGAAGCCUUAUUUUUUACCAGAUUCAAUUUACUGGUUUUUGAAGUGAAUCUUCAGCUAUUACGAUACCACAUUUCAUCACUCCAGUGUGACAUAUCCUUUAAGCUGAGCUUUGAUAUUAAAAAGUCUUAAGGUCUGAUAUCAGUGUUUAAGUAGCUUCCAAUUUUGCUACUUUCAGACCUGGAUGAUAGUUAGCACUUGAAAUUUUUCAAACGGGGAGAUGCAAAAGUGGCUAUCAUUUCUUUAACUCAAAUACAAAUAUUUGAACUUGCUUACAUUCAGUCCGAAUUUUGUGUGUGUGCUGAGUAUUGUCUUCCACAUCCAGACUGACUUUUACCACAACAGCAAAUUUUAUUUACCGAUAUGUUGGUGGAAAAACUUUCUUGGAUCUUUUCAAUAAGCAAUAAUAUUGCUCUGCAUCUUGAGUAUUUGUAGAUUACCCUUGGGUAGUAUUCAAAGCAAUGCAUCAAAGCUUAGAUUGGGGUAAUUCUAACAAAGAUAACAGGGUGGAGGGUUAUUCUUUGGGAAAGAGACAGUUGGGUAAAUGGAUUUUAUUUAUAUAAGUGCUUCAUUGUUUUAAUUAUAAACCUUUCUAAAACAGUCUUUGAGAAGCUAUUUUUUUAUUUGAAAAUUUGUAAUUAAAACUAGUGGAUCAUUCUCAUUUUACACUGACCCAGAGCUGUGUUUUCUGGAAUGAAGAAAGUGUUUUUUAUUUUAUUUUUUGCUUCUUCUUGAUUUCCUCUUGACACAAAGUUUAUUAGUAGAUGAAAAGAGAAAUACUUAUUGUGUUCAAGUGAAUUUGCCUUUCCAAUUUAUACGUGACAGUGAUGUAUCAGAGGCUUAGUAUGCAAACAGGAAGUCCAGUUAUUUUAUGUUAAUGUAUAAAAGGGUUAGCUGUCUUAUUUAAAGGCAAAAGAAUUUAGUGAGACUAUAUAUAUUUAUGAAAAGGGGUGAGAAGGGAUAUAUUAAUUUUUUUGCAUUUCUUGUCAAUGUGAUCAUUUAUUAAACAGAUCCCUAGGUGUCUGUGAUUUGAAACACUGGCUUUAUAAACACAACAUUCCAUGUAAAUGUUUUAGUUUAGAUACAGAUAAACCACCAGGUCUUUGCAAAUGUAGUCUAAAUAGAUGGUUGGUUUUUUGGUUCAUUGCAUUCAUGUUUUAAAAUUGUGUAAUACAAGGGAAGUGCCAACAACCAAAAUAUCAUCUUUUGGAAACAUUUGUGCUAGGGUGACGCAUGUAGCCUGGCCCUGAACAUCCAUCAUGUAAUGUUGAGUGUCUCAGGUUUUACUGUUUUUGGUGAUCUAUGGUUGUACUUCAGCACCAAUUAAUUGCAUGAAAAAUACUGCACUGGAUUUCAACCCCACACCACCGGCUGUGUUUCAGUACUGCUUUAAAUAAAUCACUGUGGUUGUUUGUUUGGCAUUGUGUAUCUUUGACAUUCAGUGCGUACUGCAAGAGCCAGUGCCAAGAAUGCUGGGUAUCUGUCAAUAUCUACAUUUUGUAUAUGAGAGGAUCAAAACACUUGUUUAGAAAUACAUUUGUCCUGUUUGUCA